AUGAUUGUCUUACAGACUACACCUGAAAACGACCUUCAUAACAGUUUCAAUCAAAGGAAUCUUGAUUUUUUAAACAACAAUAAUAAUAAUCCAUCGAUUGGUAACUUUACUCCAAAUACACCUCAAAACUUCACUUCUCAAAUGUAUCAAGCAACAGCAACAACCGCUCCCCAAUAUCAAUCGCAACCUUUCGUGUAUGGCAAUUCUCAUCUGAAUUAUCCUUCAAACGCAACUACCGCUACCGGGCAAAAUAAUCAAAGAUCAUCAUCAAGUUCAUCUCCAUUGUUAUCGAGACAAUCUAAUUCAUCCGCGUCUAAUAAUCAUCAAUCCAUAUCGAACUCAUCUGCAACUUCUGAUCAAGGCUUCGUUCCAACAACUGCCACAACGAUCGAUUCAAACGGAUAUCACUCAACUCAUCUUGGUUACAGAUACGAUCCUUCUGCUGCCGUUGUCGCCGCUGUGUCAACUGCUACAAAUACUGCUGCUUCUUCUGCCUGCUCGUCUCCUUCAAUAGCAACAACUACAUUGACUUCUACCGCUGCACCCUCUCCAAACUCUACAAUGAACCAUCCAGAUUUUUCGAAAAACUCUCCAAUAACGAGUAAUCAAAUUUCUCCCGUUAAUAAUCAUAAUAAUGUCUUACCCUCUGGUACUGCUUCUAAUAAUAAUAUGUCGCCAGAAAAUGCGUCCGAUGGUGUUACUUACUCUCCACAAUUAUUAUCACAAGCUCAACAUGCUGCCGCCGCUGCUUUAUCACAACAAUCACAAAUCACUAAUUUACCACGUGUUGGUCCCACUACUACUACUUCGGAUAAUUCAAUCAAUGCACAUAAUGCCGCCUUAAGUUAUCAACAACAACAAGCCGCUGCUGCCGCCGCAGUUGCUCAACAUCAAGCCUUGCUUCAUAAUCAUUUCAUGGCCGCUGCUCAUUCUUUAACAAAUGGUAAUUUAAUAGCCGCUGCCAAUUCACAACGUACAGCUACAUCAAAUUCACAGUCAUCAAAUGGUCGUCGUAAUAUAAUAAAUAGUAACGGUAUGAUAGUUGGUGGUGACCAUCAUAUGAGUGAUGGUUGUGUAUAUUCAUUUGUCGCAUUACCGGGUAUAAACACAAAGAAACGUCCCAGAAGAAGGUAUGAUGAGAUUGAACGUCAUUACUCUUGCAAUUUCCCUGGUUGUACCAAAAGCUACGGCACACUUAAUCAUUUAAAUGCUCACGUACAAAUGCAAAAACAUGGUCCAAAACGUCAUCCAUCAGAAUUUAAAGAACUUCGUAAACAAUGGAGACGUCAAAAACGUGAAGAAGAAGAACGUAAAGCUGCCGAAGCUCUAAUUGAAUGUGUUUCACCAAUUAAAGAUAUACCAUCAUUUACUUUUUAUACUCGUCUACGUCGAUAUGGUGAAGGACCACUUGCAACAGAAAUGUUAAAAGUAUUUAGACAUUGUCAUAAUUAUUGA